AGUUGCAAGUCAGGAACUAUCGCGGCCGCGUGGCGCCCGCCCGUGUCGCACAGCCCGUCAGUCUUGCCGAUUUUGAGCGCGGUGGUCGGCCGAUCGGCGCGAAAAACCGGCGUGUAUUACGGAGACGGUGGUGGUCGGUGAUCGGUCAGUGACAACUUCGGGAUCUCUCGUUCGCGAGUUCCACCGAUACCGCGUGACGGCCGAUGUCAGCCCGCGCGGGGCGGCACGUUGCUUCGGCUCGCGUUAGCGGAGUUUUGGAUGAAUAGCCGCGCGGAAACGAAAGCGCCGCGGUACCGGUAACCCGACGACGCGGGAUUCAUGUAGGCGAAGAAACGUGAGAGUACGCGCGCGCGGUACACACGCAGUGACGCACGGGGGGAUUCCCCGCGACGAAAAUGGAUAAAGACUGUCGCCGGGAAUACGGAAAAAUGCGAUGUGCUCUGCUUCAACUGCUGCUGAUAGUGGGGGGUGCAACAGGUUUGAAAGAUCUGACGAUAAACGUACCGGCCACGGUGAGAUCGGGCGAUACCGUGACGUUGUCGUGCCACUACGACCUGGAAGGCUCAUCACUGUACACAAUACAAUGGUUUCACGAUAAUAGUGAAUUUUAUCGCUAUGUGUUCGAUCGCGUGCCACCCGCCAGCAGUUUCAACGUGUCUGGUAUACAAGUCAACAUCUCCAAAUCGAAUACGCACGACGUGACAUUGGUGGACGUGUCCAGGAACCUGACCGGAUGGUACAAGUGCGAAGUAUCCGCCAGCAGCCCUUCCUAUCACACCAUGAUCGAGAAGGCCAUGAUGGAAGUAGUCGACGCCCCAAAAACGGAUCCUACGAUUCGUACGGAGAAGGAGCGCAUAGCGGUGGGCGAGACGCUGCGAGUGAACUGCACCUCGGGCAACUCCCGGCCCGCCUCCACCGUUACGUGGAAGCUCAACGGGGAUUCCAUCGAAGACAACAAUCCGCACUUUAUCGUGUCGUAUCACAAAACUUCUCACCCGGACGACAUGAAGUCUACAAAAUCGCAGAUAGAGUUUCGAGUGACGAAAGAUAUGUUCCGCAAUGGACGCUUACGUCUACGCUGCACUGCCACCAUCUCCGACGUUUAUAGGAAAUCCGCGGACAUCGAGAUCACUGAGGACGUGCCGCGUAUCGCGUCCAUCACCUUCGAGUCGCCAUACGAUCCUCGAGCGAACGGAUGCGCCGGACAGAAUUGGCCCUGGAAUGGUAAUCGCGGCGCGGCGAUAAUAAUGGCUACCGUGGCGGCCACCCUGUUCCUGAUGAUGACAUCGCUGAUGAUGACGGUACCCCCGAUAACGAAUGUACUGGCGAGGAGCGAGCCGGCGGGUAGCAGGUAGCUCGCGGGCAACCUCCAUGAAGAUGUCCACUGCCACUGUCUGAUCCGAUUACAUCGUCCAUGUAAAACCUAGUAGUCUAGGGCUUCCAGUUAUGUAUGUUACUAUGUAUAGAAUAGAUAGUCGAUUGACGAAUGAUUUUUAUUCGAGGGGAAAAAUGGUAUGAGAAAAGGUCGAGGGGAGAUCGGCGAGACACUAGCGGAUCGACGCGGAGAGUAAGCGCGAGUACUCGCGCGCGGUUACUUUUCAAACAUGUUGUCUUUUCAUGUAAAUUGUUGAUCGAGAUUAAAAGAAGGACAGAAAGAGAGGGGAACCGAGGCGAAGCGGAGCCAGAGAGCGAUCGUCUCGUCCGCGUUUCGAGAAGAUAAGACGGGAAUGAUGGAUGCUUAACCCCGAAGAGCGAGCGCGCGGGGUGACACACGUGGGUGACACGCGUCAACCUGCCCUCCCACCUGCCCUCUUCUUGUUCUUCUUGUUCUUCUUCAUCUUUGAUAUCUCGCUCUGACGGUGAAAUUUGCGAUUUCGGCACAAUCCCCCGCGAACUAACGUCGCGCUGUCAUGUUCGACGAACGACAGUACGCGCGCGAGGAAUUCCCGAUGAAAAAAAAGAAAAGCAAAGUUUCACGAGCAUCGUCUCGUUUCGACGGGGCUGCGAGACGGCGCACGUGGUGCGCCCAUGCGCCCGCUCGUGUUCCUUCUCGAGACGCGACCGAAGAAAAGUUCGAGGCGAAGAGGUGAACGCGAUAUUGUUAUAUGCCGAGGGGUCAGCUUCGUAAGUGAUCGGGGUUAAAGGCUGGCAGAUGUUUCGGUAGAGAAGGACCGGAAAGGAGACGAUGAUGGGAGUUUGACUUCCGUUAACACAUUGAUUUGAAUCCGCCGGCGGCGCGUCGGAUGCUAUAAACCGCGAUACUUACUAGUGAUCGGAGUGUUCAUCGAGUGUGAAAUAUAGAUUAUACAGGGGUAACUAUAUGAUAACUGAUAUAAUAACGUUAGCGCAGUGACGAGCGGCGUUCUGCUCAAUAUUCGCUCCUUUUAUGAUGUCAAACGGAAAACGCAUCACGAUAGGUACCGAAUUUGUAAUCUGUACAAAUUAUAAUAAACUAUGAUACACGAACUGUA